AUGUCUUCCUAUGCACAAGAGACCAACGAGGUUCCCUCGGACAACUCCUACGUCUCCCGCCAGGGCCACAAAAGCGAGCCCCUCGGCGUCGUUUCCGACGAGACCAACGUUGAGGAUCCCAUCGACGCUAACACCGCCGACUCUGAUGCACAGCUCGAGCGAGACGACAGGGAGGCCAUCAGUAAGGACAACAUCAUCGACGAGCGCACUCGCGGCGCAAAGCCCCAGUCUGGAUACCAGGAGCCCGGCGAUACCGAGGGUCUGCCAGAAGACUCUGGAAAGAGCGCCGUUGCUCAGUAG